CACCGCAAAAAAAAAAAGGGGAGAUGUGUGUAUGAUGAUAUAACUUAACGGGGUUAAAAUGCCUUUUCGAGAAAGACGUUUGCCGUUUUGUUUCGGAAUAAUGUAUGUAUGUAUUAACUCCGUUUUGUUAGUAUCUCUUGCUGACCUCGCCGUGUAAGCUAACACAGCUAGCCUGCUAAGUGGCUGUUAGCCGUAGGUAAGGUCGGUAAUAUGAUAUAUGAAGUGAAGGUUUAUUUGUGACGUUGUCAUCUAAAAAUAAUUCCUCUCGCUCGGCCGUUGUGUGAGUGCAGUUUAAUGUGAGUGUGGCAGCUGGGUGAGCAGGAUGGACUCGGCUUCAGACAGGACAGGAGACUGUACCCUGGUCUCUGAGGACAUGAACAGGAUCUGUGUCAUGUCUGACAUCAGUGCCAUCAAGACCGAGCAGGCAGUCGGUGCCAACCCGGAGGAUGCAACUGCUCAAAAUGUGGCCAUGGGCAUCAAGUUCAUCCUCCCCAACCGCUUUGACAUGAAUGUUUGCUCAAGAUUUGUCAAAUCGCUCAACGAGGAGGACAGCAAGAACAUCCAAGACCAGGUCAACUCUGAUCUGGAGGUGGCUUCUGUUUUGUUCAAAGCUGAGUGUAAUAUCCAGACCUCGCCCUCACCUGGUAUACAGGUGCGCCAUGUCUACACCCCAUCUACCACCAAACAUUUCUCCCCCAUCAAGCAGUCCACCACACUCACCAAUAAACACAGAGGCAACGAGGUUUCCUCCACACCCCUUCUGGUGCACUCACUGUCAAUUCACCAACUAGCAGCCCAAGGAGAAAUGGUGUUUCUAGCUAGCAGGAUCGAACAAGAGACUGUGAUCAAUCUUCAAGAUGAAGAAGGCUUUACCCCCUUGAUGUGGGCAGCUGCACAUGGACAAAUAGCCAUUGUUGAGUUUCUGCUCCAAAAUGGUGCUGACCCCAACCUCCUGGCCAAGGGCAGGGAAAGUGCGCUGUCACUGGCCUGCAGUAAGGGGUACACGGAUAUUGUGAAGAUGCUCAUUGAUUGUGGUGUGGAUGUCAAUGAAUAUGACUGGAAUGGGGGAGCGCCUUUACUCUACGCUGUCCAUGGGAACCACGUACGCUGUGUUGAAAUUUUAUUAGAAAACGGGGCUGACCCGACCAUUGAGUCAGAUUCUGGCUUCAAUGCGAUGGACAUGGCUGUGGCUAUGGGCCAUCGGAAUGUUCAACAGGUGAUGGAGGCACACUUACUGAAGUUACUAAUGGGAAUCAGAGAGUGAGCUCAAACCCACUGGAGUCUGGGCUCCGGACGGUCAUGUGGCCUGCCCACUAAAGCAUUAUCUCCCAUUCAGCGGCGCACCUUACCUACGUUCGUGGUCAAGAUGCUAAGAAAGUGUUAAACUGUGUGAAUUUUAAUGUUCAUUGUGCUCUUUUAAGCAGUUUUGCUUUGUUUUAAGAAUGAGAGUAAAGCAUGAAAGUUAUCCACGUCAAUUUGUUUGACAGUAAUUGUAAUUUGGCUGAAACUGACACUUGCUAAAAACCCAUUUUGCACUCCACCUGAUGUACAAUGCCGACUGUAUGUUUGCCUUUCUUUAAAGUAUAUGACCUCAAUGUAAGAAGCAUAAAAAGAAUGACAUUUGUAGUCAUUUGUUUUACUGCAAAAAGUAAUCUUUUAAAAUUAAAGUCUGGCAAACUAUCCUUAAGAUUCCCAUUGGAACAUUAUCUGGCAAGAUUACAUCUAGAUUGUAUUUUAGCAGUUGGUCAGAAAUGUAGGAGUUGAGGUCGGUAAAACAUUUUGUAGUUAACAUUUCUAAGCCUCAGUCAUGUGCAGUGCAGUCGGCAAAGUAAAACGUGACUAGAGACUGAAUCUUUUUUUUUUUCCUUAUGCCAACAAAGCUGCUCAUUUACUUUGACAGAUCUUUAAUAUUUCGUGGACACAGUUUUCUUUGUGAUUUUCAUGUCGUGUUUUUUUAAUUUAAAGAUCUCAAAUGUUUUACGAUGUGUAGUUUGCCACUGUACAAGGGUGCUUGUGUUUUAUACCAUCUUGUAAUAACUUGUCAACCUCAGUAUCAAUGAUUAUUGCUGCGUACAGAAUUUGUGAUUAUAAACUGAAAAUGACAAACUGUUUAUAAUUGCAAAUGAAGCAUUUUUUUUCUCCAGUUCAUCUGUGUGAAAGGAUUAAAGGUUUUUCUAGCUGCUGCAGACAGAAAAUGCUUGUCUAGACUGUAUGUAAUGUUUUGCAGUUUGUGUAAAUCUAUGAAGAAUAAUCAGUCGGAACUGCAGUCAAGCUGACUCUGACCAUCACAGUAGGCUUACUGAGUCGUACACCUGGUAAUGGAUGAUAACUAAUGGUACUUAGCUAGUUGGUUUUCAUUAGUCAUGGAUUCCAUUAAGCAAGAGUACAGUAUUUUCCAGAGGGUGACAAAAUCCAACCCCUCGUUCACAUCGUGGCACCUGAGUAACAGAUCAAGUAGAGGAUCGCCUGUUGGGGUGAAAUAUAUUGGGGACCUUGUGUGCACUAUGGCUGCUCUAGUAGCCACAAAGGCCCAACAGGAACCCUGAACAAGAGACAGCUAACGGGCCUCUGGUGAAACAAGAAGUCCAACAGCAUAUCAGGCAGAGGAGGUGAUGGCUUGUAACCCAACCGCUGUGAAGGUACAUGAAGGCUGCAGCAGGUCCUCAGACCCCCAUCGUCUGGGAUUUCCCAGCCAUCAGACCUGGCUAAGUAUCUGUCCAGAGCCACCUGUUUGUUGGAGUGUAAUGACAUUCCCACAUUAAACAAACCCACGCCCAGGAUUCUGUCCGUAUAUAUCAACCAAAAGAAUUUUCCUCACCUCAGGGAGACUGCUGUGACAUUGAAGAGUAUGAGUUUUUUUUUUUUUUUUUUACUAGUUUGGGAGGCCCUAUGACUUGUACUGUGGUGCACCAUUUACUGAAAAAUCAGGUGACCACUCAACACCAGCGCCCACUGGUCAAAGCAUCUGCCUCCCACGCCGAAGAUCAUGUGUUUGCAUCUUGAGGAUAACGAGUGGGAGUCACAACAGAAACAAUGCAGAUUGGAGAGGGAGAACAGCCGCUACACCAUACACCAUUAAUUCAAGACAUGGUCACUCAAUAACUUUGAAAAUGUCCUCAAGUGCAGUAGCAAAAACAACCAAAUUAUGAUGAAAUCAGGGGGUAUUGUAUAUCAACCACUGGAAAUUAUUAGUAUCUAAACUGAACAUUAAAGCAAUAAAAAUAGGUACUUGAAUUAGUACUUUUGUUAGACUUACCCUUAAACUGUGGGAAUGUACACCAUUUGAAUUAACAGGCUAAUCGACUACGACAAUCAGUCAAGUUGUCGGGUACUAGCUUGUCACAGCACAAUUACAAUCAGUUGUUCCAACUCUACUACAUUGCAUUGACAAUUUUUUUUUUGCUUUUUUGCCACCCAAAAUGAUCUGAUGCAAAUUUAGGCAAGUUUUACAUUCAGUUUUUCCUCAUUACAUGCCCUUUUUAGUUGGGUUUUUACAAGGUAAUACCAUUCAUGGUUGAGUUGUAAGUGGAAUGGGAGGGCCCAUUUCUUUUAUACACACAAGCCAAGGCCUAAACUUAUAAAGACAUCUUCAACCAGUAACAAGUAUUUUUGCUGAAGAACCUAAGAGUACUACUAACAAUACUUAACCCUACAGCUUCUAUCUGGAACACCAAGAUACAUUUAAUUCCAUGCAGAUGGAUAAAAAUCUAAAGGGGCAACUUUUAAGGUUGAAGAAGUUACAUUCCAACAACUUCUUAACAGUAGCAAAGGUUUAUUCCAGAUACGGUGGGUUCAGCGAGGCCACAAGGUCUUGGGUUCAGUAACAUGGCAACAGAUGCACAACAGUAGCAAUAAACACAUUUUGCACACUCCCUAACUAGUCAUACAGAGCACAAAGAGCAUUUGCAGAGCCUGGUGACAAACGUGCUGGAAUGAACACCCUACUUAAUAAUAAAGCGGCUUCCCUAAUUAUUAGUACAAGAGUUG